CGGCAACCUGACCAAGCUCACCUACCUCGGUCUGUCUGUCAAUGAACUCUCGGGCCCCAUCCCCCCCGAGCUCAGCAGCUUGACCAACCUCAUCGUGCUUGACCUCUUCGGUAAUAAGUUGUCCGGCCCCAUUCCCCCGGGGCUCAGCAACCUGACCAAGCUCACCUACAUCCGUUUUGGUUCGAAUAGGUUCUCGGGCCCCAUCCCCCCUGAGCUCGGCAGCCUAACCAAGCUCACCACGCUCAGUCUCGGCGGCAACGCAUUGUCAGGUCCCAUUCCCCCCGAGCUCGGCAGCCUGACCGACCUCACCGGUCUCGGUCUCAACAACAACGCAUUGUCAGGUCCCAUACCCCCCGAGCUCUGCAACCUGACCAAGCUUACUUGGCUCGGUCUUUUUUCAAACAACCUCUCCGGCCCCAUUCCCCCUGAACUUGGCCGCCUGACCAACCUCACAGACCUCUAUCUUUAUUCCAAUAGACUCUUCGGUUCGAUUCCCCCCCAACUCGGCAGCCUGACCAACCUCACGAAGCUUGAUCUUUCUUUCAAUAGACUCUCCGGUUCGAUUCCUCCCCAGCUCGGCAGCCUGACCAACCUCGUCGACUUUCGACUCUUCUACAACAUCCUCUCUAGUUCCAUUCCCCCCCAGCUCGGAAACCUGACCAAACUUACUUUGCUCUCCCUUGGGUCCAAGAGUGUGGACGACUACAACAUCGAGUUCGAACAGGCUCUGGUGAACCUGCGAGCUGAGAUUACGGAUGAGGCUGUUAAGAUCGAGAGGUAUCGAUCUGGCCUACAGGCCGAUGUUAGGGAGAUGUGUCGUACGUCGCCCACUGGUCAGCGUUGGGGCACUCUGAAUGAGUUGGCUGAGUAUGCCACUCUUAUGUGGCCCGUUGUGGAAACGCGUUUGGCCAAGCGGAAGACUUCCCAGCCUGCCAAGUCGGUGGCUGGAAAGCGUAAGGCUACUGGGGGUGGUUCUGGACGUUCCCAAGGCCAAAUUGUCGGCAGCUCUUACUGA